UGGCAUUGCGCGCUCUGACAAGCUGAAGGCCAUCCAUCGAAAGAAGCUUCCCUUACCUCCAAACACCUCUACCUGCUUCCCAAGCCACCUUAAUAGCCAGGAUUUAUACGUUGAGUAUGCCUCCGAUCCGAACCUCACGCAGCCGCAAACCACCGCCGGCAGGGUUUGAUGAUAUCGAAGAUACGCUGCUUGAGUUCAGUAACAAGAUGAAAGAUGCAGAGAAUGCAUCACACGAUGGUAAAAAGAAACAUGAAAUGCUGUGGCCAAUUUUUCAGAUAAGCCACCAACGCUCGAGAUACAUCUACGACCUAUAUUACGAGAAAGAAGCCAUAUCAAAGCAACUAUAUGAAUGGCUUCUAAAGAACAACUAUGCAGAUGCUAAUUUGAUUGCGAAAUGGAAGAAGCAAGGCUACGAAAAGUUAUGCUGUCUCCGUUGCAUUCAGACAAAGGAAACGAAUUUCAGUGCGACAUGCAUCUGCCGCGUUCCGAAGGCCCAGCUGAAAGAGGAUCAAAUGAUACAAUGUGUCAGUUGUGGGUGCCGAGGUUGCGCCAGUAGCGAUUAGCCUUUAUACGCCGUGUUUGUCCUGAGGAUUCCUGCGCGCCAAGAAUCUUUAGGUGAAGUUGAAAAAAGAAAAGAGAGAGAGAGAGAGAGAAGAA